AUUAAAUUGAAUUUAUAACAUGUGUAAGAUUUCAUAUUUUAUUUUUCGAAAAUAAAGACAGGAAUGGGUAGGAAGUAUGUAAAGUAACAAAUUAUAUUGUCUAGCUGGAAAGAAGAAGGCUCAAAAGAUGUCAUUAUCUGACUUUUUAGCUGAUGAUACCACUGGUGGUUCAUCUUGGGCUGAUGAUGUUGCUGAUCUCCCCUCUGCCCCUGCUGGCAAUAGCGAUAGAUCCGAUGCUUAUGCUUCUCGCGGAUUCGGUGGUGGUAAUGACCGCAGUGGUGGAUUCGGUGGUGGAGACCGUUACGGUGGUGAACGUCGUGAAGGUGGUUUUGAACGCCGUGAAGGUGGUUUUGAGCGUCGCGAAGGUGGCUUCGAGCGUGAACAACGCACUUAUGCUCCUCGUGCUCCCGUUGAGCUCCCCACUCAACCUCCCUACACUGCCCAUAUUGCCAACUUAUCCUUCGAUUCUACUGAGGAUGAUUUGUCUGACUUAUUCACAAACUUAAAGAUCCAAAAGAUUCGUCUCUUGCGUGAUCGUGAGACUGACAGAUCUAAGGGUUUCGGUUAUAUCGAAUUCGAUGAUUUAGAGUCUCUUAAGCGUGCUUUGGAAUUGAACGGUGAAAACGUUCAAGGUCGUAGCAUCCGUGUCAACAUUGCUGAACCCCCCAAGAACGAUGAACGUACUCGUGGUCCUGAUCGUACUGAUGUCGACACAUGGAGACGUACUGGUCCUAUUGAUUUACCUGAACAACCUCGUCGUGAAUUCAGAGAAGGUGGUCGUGGUGGUUUCGGUGGCCGUGGUGACUCCUCUUGGGGUGCUCGCAGUGGUGGUGAUAGCUUCGGUAGCCGUGACCGUCCUUCUGAACGUCCCCGUCUCAACUUGAAGCCUCGUACUGUCGAGACUGUUUCCGCUACUCCCGCUAAGAGCAGUGGUAAGCCCGAUCCUUUUGGUGGUGCCAGACCUGUUGAUACCGACAAGGCCUUGCAUGAUAUCGAAAAGAAGCACGAUGAGCCCACCAAAUAAAGCAAUUUAUUUUUCUACACGCACGAACACACGCACACCGGAGGGGGGGAUACGAUCCUUAUUUAGCGGCAUCUAAAACAAUCAAGCCCUCAUUAUUAGUUUAUAAUAUUAAUAGAUAAAAAAAAACCUUUACAUUUGUCAAAA